GGUACCUUGGACCUGACAUGAUAUCAUCGCGAUGAUUAUAACCCGAGCUGCCGGCAGCGGGACCGGAAGUAUAUGUCUGGCAAACCGCCCCGAGAAUAAAGUUGUUGAAACUUUAGAUUCAUAGUCUGCUCCCGACAGAGAAAAAGGCACAACCGCAUUACCGUACAACCAUGUUAUAUAUUGUAAUACUCGCUGCAGCUCACUAUGUUGCGGCUCAGGUCGACUAUUCUCAAUUUGUCAAUCCUCUGAUUGGAUCAGAAGGUCCCAUUCCAGGAUAUGCAUUCGGUGGUGGCGAUAUCUUUGUUGGCGGGGCUUUACCUUUCGGAGUGGCUAAAGUUGGCAUUGACACAUACGAAGAUAAUAUCACCCUUUCAACCCUCAAUGGAGGAUAUACGCCAAUGGGCAAAGUGACUGCAUUUUCCAUGAUGCAUGAAUCGGGAACUGGCGGAUAUGCUAAAUAUGGGGUUAUUCCCCAGAUGCCUCUUACGACGGUUGCUUCUCCGGUCAAUCUGUUGGACAAUCAGACCUACUCGCAAGCAAGAGUUGGAAAUGACACCGCAAGAGUGGGGUAUUUCAAAACACAACUCGAGAAUGGAGUCACGGCCGAACUCUCUGCUGCUCGACACUCUGGAAUAAUGCAGUAUUCAUUUCCUCCUGGCGAAAAACAUGUACUUGUUGAUGUCUCUCAUUACCUUCCAUCCCAGUCAGGGGGCUACAGCGUUCAAGUUUAUGUUGGCGGAGAGAUCCAGCUGCAAGAGAACGGCACUUACACCGGCUACGGAACAUAUGGGGGCGGCUGGAAUGAAGGUGCACCAUUUACUGUUUAUUUCUGCGGAGAUUUCGACACCCCUCCCGACACCUCUCAGACUUUCCGAGGUCGAAACACCGAUCCUAUGCAACGCUACCAUACCUUCAGUGAUGCUGCCACCCCGCAGGCAAUUCUUGGAAAUCAGAGCGAGUAUGCUGGGCCGCUCAAUGAUCGCCUUGGUGCAUUGUUCACUUGGUCAAAUUCCUCGACCUCUCAGAUCAGAUCACGUGUUGGGAUCUCAUUCAUCUCGUCCGACAAGGCUUGCAAUUUCAAGAACAUCGAGGUUCCGUCCUAUGAUCUGAACGCAACUGUCAGUGCGGCUGUCCAAGAGUGGAAUGAGGACGUUUUCAGCAAAGUCCAGGUUGCCACCGACUCAUCCGUGAAUCAGACGAACCUCGCUUUGCUCUAUUCUUCUCUCUAUUUCUUGCAUCUCAUGCCAUCCGAUCGGACGGGAGAGAACCCGCUUUGGGAAUCUGAUGAACCUUCUUGGGACGACUUUUACACUCUCUGGGAUAUCUUCCGGUGCACAGUCAGCUUGUACCACAUCCUCCAGCCAACAUAUUACGAGUCAAUGAUCCGUUCUCUCAUCGACAUUUGGAGAUAUGAAGGAUUUAUGCCUGACGGCAGAUCGGGCAAUUACAACGGUCUCGUACAAGGGGGAAGUAAUGCCGAUAACGUAUUGGCUGAUGCAUAUGUCAAGGGACUGCGGGGUGAGAUCAAUUGGACAGCCGGGUACGAAGCAAUGAAGAAAGAUGCGGAAGUUCAACCUUACAACACUUUCAGCCAUGAUGACCCAACAGCAAGCGUUAAAGAAGGCAGAGGCGCUUUAUACGAUUGGAUACCUCUGGGCUACGUCUCGGCUGAUAGAAGUACUCGAGCUGUGUCGCGCACUGUUGAGUACGCUCUUAACGAUUUUGCUCUCAGUCAGGUCGCUAGGGGAGAAGCGCCUGAGGAUGUGGAGAAAUACAUGAAUCGCAGUGCACAGUGGCAGAAUCUCUGGGCUCACAAUGUGACGAGCUUGAACUUCACUGGAUUCUUGGCUCCAAGAUUUGCCGAUGGUACUUUUAAUUUGACAGGCUACAACCCUGCGCUGUGUGGUGGAUGUGAAUGGCAAGCUAUUAGUUAUGAGGCCACUCCUUUUGGUACGAGCCUUCAACAUUUUUCUAGAUUUCCUGCUAACGCUUUGAUAGAAUACUCAUUUGUUGUUCCUCAUGAUGCUGAAACUCUAAUCCAAUUCAUGGGUGGUUCUACAGCCUUCGAGUCACGUCUCGAUUACAUUUUCCAACCCAACACAUCCCAACAAAACCUAGGUGCAAACGGCGCAGGAAUCACGACUAUCAUGAAUAUCGGUAACGAGCCGGACUUUGCUACACCGUAUCUGUACAAUUAUCUCAAUAAACAGUGGAAGAGUGUACAGCAAUCUCGGUCAUUGGCGAACCAAUACUUCCACGAUGCAAACUAUGGCGUUCCUGGGAACAGCGACGCAGGUGCCUUGAAUUCUUGGCUGAUCUGGCAAAUGCUGGGUCUUUAUCCUGUUGUCACGCAGACAGUCUAUCUGAUUGGGAGUCCGUGGUUUGAUGAUCUCAACAUGACGAUCAACGGGAAUGCUACUUUGAGAAUCACGGCUGCACUCUCAGCUGAUCAGAACUCGACGUCAGCGUCAGCAGCUGGUGGUUCAAGCUUCGGGCAAGAGGACUAUUAUGUUCAGAGUGUGAAGAUCAAUGGUGCGAGCUGGACCAAGAACUGGUUUGAUCAUGAAGAUAUCAUGGUGAAUGGUGGGACCAUCGAGUUUGAGCUUGGAUCCGAACCAGCAAUGUGGGAGACUGGUGAUGUCCCACCAAGUCCUGGUCAUCUGAUCUUGUAGAUAUGGUAUUAAUGCUUGAGAACAUGCAAAGUUUGGGAAGGCAAACUCUCUUUGAUGUUGGAAGCUAGGUCUAAUAGGAGGUUCACCUUAGCAACUAGACAAAAGUCCACCAAAACGAGUCAUUACGUGUUAUGCU